AGAAAGGAGAGCGAUUUUUGCUGCCGCACUGCAGGCGUGUGUUGGUUUCGUUUCUGCAGAAUGACAGCCUCGCUCCCUCCCGAACUGCCGCGUGUGAUGACGUCGGCAUCGUCUAGAGGUGCCGGCGCUCCAGAAGUGUGUUUACUCAUCGUAGGUAGCGAGAUAGGUCUUGUGGGGGAGGGGGGGGGGAGGGAGGAGGUGGAGUGGCUGGUGGUGGGGGUACGAUACGGGAGAGGGGAAGCAUGAUGGAGGAACAUUUCGGUCGGCUCCGCCUUUAAAACCUCCCGCCCAGCUGCUGGUGUGUUAAGUUGUGGUGCGUCGGAGUAUCUCGUAGGAGUGUACCGCACAGACACUGCGCUUGUUGGCCAUGGCGAUUGCCGGAAUCCUGCUCGCUGCCUUAGCUGUGGGGCUGCUCGCUUACUACAUCAUCAAGGUGGCGUAUGAUAAGCCCACCAACUUCCCACCAGGUCCCCCUAGAAUACCAAUAUGGGGCAGCUACAUCCAGCUGCUGCUGGAGAACUACAAGUUCCCAUACAAAGUGAUGCACGCCUUCACGCGCCGCUACAAGUCCAAACUGGUGGGCUUCUACUUUGGACCUCUUCCCGUGGUGGUCAUCAGCGACUAUGAGGCUGCCAAGGAGGCCUUGAACAACCCUGCUCUGCAGGGCCGGAUAUCCAAUAUCGCCAUCAAGCACAGGAUGCCACAUAAAGAACUUGGCAUCAACUUCCUGGAGGGCGAGGAGGCGAUGGAGCAGCGCCGCUUCAUGCUGAGGUACCUGCGAGACUUCGGCUUCGGGCGGAGAUCCGACAGGCUGGAAGCUGAGAUCGAGUCCGAGAUGAGGGAGCUGGUGGAGCUCAUCCGCUGUGGCACCGGAGACAAGGCUGUGAUGCAACCGUCAUCAUACGGGGAAGGCUGCCGGCGCGUGCUGUUGCCCGACGCAUUGUUCCCUGGCUUCAUCAACGGCUUCAUGCCAGUGGUGGCGGGCAGCCGGCUGCCGCGGUCAGCUGACGGGAUGUGCCGCCAUCUUGGGCUCGCGGGCCUGCAGGCAGCCAGGGCUGGGGACGCCACAGGUGGCUUCCUCACGCUGCACCCCACACUCAGCAGCAUCGCCCCCAAGAUGUCCGGCUACUGGGACACGGUCGAGUCUGCUGAGAAGAUCCUGGGCUACUUCCGUAAAGUCAUCCAAGAACACGAGAAGACAUACUCUGAUGAUCACAUGAGGGACUUCAUCGACAGAUACCUCAAGGAGAUAAAGGAGAGACAGAAGACAGGCGAACCCAGCACUUACUCCACUGACCAGCUGGGCGUCAUGAUGUUCGACACGUUCCUGCCGUCGUCCAUGGUGCAGUCCACAGUGCUGAGCUGGGCCCUCAUGUACGUCGCCUACUUCCCCGAGGUGCAGAAGCGGGUGCAGCAGGAGCUGGACUCCGUCAUCGGGCCUUCCAGGCUGCCCAACCUCAACGACCGCCCAAACUUGCCCUACACGGAGGCGACGCUCCGCGAGACGAUGAGGUUCCAGACGCUGCUGCCCAUCGGAAUUCCCCACAUGGCGCUGGACGACGCCAAACUCCAGGGCUACAACAUACCCAAGGGAUCUGUAGUGGUGACCAACCUGUGGAGCAUGCACAUGGACAAGGACGUGUGGGGAGACCCAGAUAGGUUCAGGCCAGAAAGGUUCAUCGGCCCAGAUGGGAAGAUCACCACCAAGGACUACACUCUGCCAUUUAGCACUGGCAAGCGAGUGUGUCCCGGGGAGACGUUCGCGCGGCAGAACAUGUUCCUGAUGCUGGCGACGAUCCUGCAGAACUUCUUCAUCCGGUCGGACGGGGUUCCGCCCCCCUGCAUCAGCAACAUCCCGGGGGUGGUCGAGACGCCGCCCGCUCUGUGGGUGGAGUUCCAGUCACGAUAGCUGCUCCCUGCACCCUGCACCUUGCACCCCACUCCAGGCUGACGAACAGCACCGUCAGUCUCACAACACAGGCAGAAGGCGAAUACAUGUUUAAAAUAGUGUCGCUUUACAGUGAACAAAAACAGAUUUCCAUGACAUCAAAUAUGGAAAUAAUACCCUUACUGCUAGCAGCAGAUGCUGUUCCUGUAUUGCUUUCCUAUAUAUAGGAGGCAUGACUUUUUCAUGUAUGUAUCCUAUGUUUACCAAAAUAAGCCACAUGUGUAUUUUAACCCUUUCAGACCUGACUUUUUUCUGGUGGAAGGAAAAUUUUUAUUUAUGUGGUAAUGCUCUUAGAUGACUUUUUAAAGAAUUUAUAUGCAAGUUUUAUACAAAAUUCUGUGCCUGAUUUCAAAACAUAUUUCGUACAUUUGACUUCAUUAUAUUGACCAAGAUACCUAAUUUCGAAAUUUUCUCUACUGUAGUAACUAGUAAAAUAUUCAUUCAAUAAUUAUCAUGCAAAAUAACAAUAACAAUAUUGGAUUAUACAGUGUAAGAUAUCGAACCAACCAUAACUGGGUAUACUGUUGUUCAUCAUUUGCUACACUGUCUUGCUGAUAUUUUCACAAUGAAGCCCAACAGUUCGCAGCACUUGUACAGGAUGGAAAGAUUGAACACUCACAAAUGUAUGCUUCAGGUUAACAUUGGUAAAAAAUACUUCUGCUCCAGCCAGGGCACAGUAAAAUUUAAUGUACACAAUUGUAGCCAGAGGGUCUGAAAGGGUUAAAACAUUUUAUCCUUGCACCAAAGCUUGUAAUGUAAUUUAAUUUUCAAUAAAAUUUUUCACUUAUAUUAAGGCACUUAUGACUACAAAAAAAGGCACCUGAAAAUUUCCUUUUAGAAACCUGCGACCGUAUUUGUCGAGCAGCACUGAAUUACCAUUAUGAGGUCAUCGUCAUUUUCUUGAUAUAAAACGAACACAUCUCGAAGCUACAGAAAACUCACUAUAUGUGGACGAAAUGCACCGUUGAGCUUCUCCAUCAAAAUACUAGCCUUACUGCUAGCAAUAGGUUAUGUUCCUGUAUUGCUUUUCAAUAUAUGGGAGGCAUGACUUUCUCAAGUAUGUAUCCUUUGUUUACAAAAAAACCACAUGUGUAUUUUAAAACAUUUUAUCCUUGCACCAAAGCUUGUACUGUAAUUUAAUUUUCAAUAUAAUUUUCACUUAUAUUAAGGCACUUAUGACUACAAACAAAGGCACCUGAAAUUCUUCCUUCUAGAAAUCUGCGACCGUAUUUGUCGAGCAGCACUGAAUUACCAUUAUGAGGUCAUCGUCAGUUUCUAGAUAUAAAACGAACACACCUCGAAGCUGCAGAAAACUCACUAGAUGUGGACGAAAUGCACCGUUGAGCUUCUGCAUCAAAAUAUUAGCCUUACUGCUAGCAACAGGUUAUGUUUCUGUAUUGCUUUUAAAUAUAUAGGAGGCAUGACUUUUUUAAAGUAUGUAUCCUUUGUUUACAAAAAAAAGUGUAUUUUAAAAAUUUUAUCAUUGCACUAAAGCUUGCACUCUCAUUUUAUUUUCAGUAAAUUUUUUCACUUAUAUUAAGGCACUUAUGACUACAAAAGAAGAGACCUGAAAAUUUACUUUUAGAAACCUGCGACCGUAUUUGUCGAAAAGCACUGAAUUACCAUUAUGAGGUCAUCGUAAUUUUCUUGAUAUAAAACGAACACACCUCGAAGCUGCAGAAAACUCACUAGAUGUGGACGAAAUGCACCAUUGAGCUUCUCCGUCAAAAUAUUAGCCUUACUGCUAGCAACAGGUUAUGUUCCUGUAUUGCUUUUCAAUAUAUAGGAGGCAUGAUUUAUUUCAAGUAUGUAUGCUUUGUUUACAACAAAAAUCUGUAUUUUCAAUUCAUUUUUUCGUUACACCAAAGCUUGUACUGUAAUUUAAUUUUCAAUAAAAUUUUCACUUAUAUUAAGGCA